AUGAAGUUAAAUGUUCUGUUUUUACAUGGACUUGUACAGACGCCUGAAAUGCUCUCAGAGAGCUUCUCUAACUUAAACAAAAGCUUAUCAAAGAUAUUGAAUAUAACAUAUUUAAAAUCGCCGUACGAGUUAAAGAACUUUCCUGCAUUUUGUAAAAUAACAAGUGAAAAGACGGAUGAGGAAAUUAAGGAGUUAGAGAAAAUUGUAAGGGAAAAUUAUUAUAGAAGAAAGGGUAAGAAGAACACAUACGGAGGGACUUGGUUCUUCACUGACUCUGAUGGAAAUUAUUCACCUCAGCUAAAAAAUGUUAAAAUCAUAGGAUUAGAGGAAUCACUUGAUUUUGUACUAAAUGAGUGUAAAAGAACAAAUUGUGACGGCCUUUUAGGUUUUAGCCAGGGAUCGUUAAUUUCAGCAAUAUUAGCCAAAAAAACACUAAAUGACCCAACUUUAGGAUGGAAGGCCAAAUUUUGCAUACUUUUUAGUUCACCCAUGCCUUAUGCAACUUCACUUAACACCCUUCUCACCUCAGGAGAUAAAAUUAAAACUCCUUCCUUACACAUUUUGGGGAAAAGUGACGUUAUGGUUCCUAAUCAUAGAUCUCUACUAUUAACUGAGUGUUUUGUUGAUCCUAUUAUCCAUUAUCAUGAGGGGGGACACGACAUUCCUCAUUCUGACGAUGUUUCAGUUUAUGAGAAUUUUUUAUCUAAAUUUCUUUGA